GUAUUGGUGCCUUGAGGAAUAAGUCCUUUGACGAACAUUUGACGUUAAAUCCGUUGCCUUUACCAAGGGAAUUGUUUGAAAUCGAAGAACCAAAGAGUAUAGAUGGGCUUGAAAUUUUCAAUCAAAGAAAUGAAAAAAUUCAUUCGACUUUCGAAAAUUCGGGAUAUUAUUGCUCAUUCGAUUUUCGCGAAGCUUAUCUUUCCAAGAAGUUGACUCCUUUACAGGCUUGCGAAGCUUUAAUUAAUAGAAUUGAAGAUUCACAUUCUAUCUCAAAGUUAAAUCCAACACUUGACUGCAUUUGUGAGUAUCGGCGGGAUGAUAUAAUUGCACAAGCAACAGCUUCAACUGCUAGAUAUGAACAAGAUGAGUCAUUAGGGCCCUUAGAUGGUGUUCCUAUUGCAAUCAAGGACGAACUCGAUGUUCAGGGCUAUGAAACUCGAGCGGGGACAAAGUUCAUAAAUCGCAACAAUCCUACCCAGAAAGACGCAUUUAUCGUGAAGAGAUUAAGGGAUCAAGGUGCCAUUAUCAUUGGGAAAACAAGUAUGCACGAAAUUGGAUUUGAUAUUACGGGAAACAACCCGAACUCCUUUACCCCUCGUAAUCCACAUAAUGUCAAACAUUAUAGUGGUGGAUCGAGUGGUGGUAGUGGGUGUGUUGUUGCGGCUGGAUUGUGUCCGAUUGCUUUGGGAUGCGAUGGUGGUGGUUCAAUAAGAGCUCCAGCAUCAUUUUGUGGAAUUUACGGAUUGAAACCCACGUGUGGAAGAGUGUCUGCAACUGGAGAAUUUACACUAGGAUGGUCAGUAGCUGUCGGUGGGCCUAUGACAUCAAGCGCGGAAGAUCUCGCGUUGACAUAUUAUGUCAUUGCUGGAAAAGAUCCUGAGGACCCGAGAACUCUGCAUCAACCGUCACCUACGCUUCACGGCCUUUACUUGACCGAUAACCUUUCAGACCUAAAGAUCGGAAUUUUUUCGGCGUGGAACAAGCAAGUAACCAAUCCAGCCAUUUCCGCUGCGAUUAAGACAUUCGUCGAUGGACUGAAACUUCGUGGUGCGGAGAUUGUGGAUAUCGAAAUUCCGGAAUUGGAAGAAGCGAGAUUAGGUCAUUUGGUUACCAUCGGCUUGGAGCAUGCUGCCGCGGUAAAGAAAUACGAAAAUCGUCAUUUGUAUACCUGCCCGAAUCGGAUCCUUCUUUCGGUGACAAGUAACCUAAGUACUAAU